AUGGGUCUGCUGAGUUCUAAAAACCCUAAAGUCAAGCAAGCCCAAAUUCUUCUUCUGGGACUUGACUCAGCUGGGAAAUCUACUCUCCUUUAUAAAUUAAAGCUUGCUGAAGAUGUUACAACCGUCCCAACGAUAGGUUUCAAUGUGGAGAUGAUCGAGCUAGAAAGGAAUCUUUCACUCACAGUCUGGGAUGUUGGAGGACAGGAAAAAAUGAGAACUGUUUGGGAUUAUUACUGUGAGAACACUGAUGGGCUGGUGUAUGUUGUGGACAGUACAGACCAACAGCGACUGGAAGAUUCUCGGAGAGAGUUUAAGCACAUUUUGAAGAAUGAACACAUUAAAAACGUGCCUGUUGUCCUACUGGCCAACAAACAGGACUUGCCUGGAGCUCUGCCUGCCGAGGACAUCACCAGAAUGCUGAGGGUGAAGAAGCUCUGCAGUGACCGGAACUGGUAUGUGCAACCCUGCUGUGCCAUCACAGGGGACGGGCUGGCUGAGGGAUUCAGGAAAUUAACUGAAUUUGUGAAAAGCCGCAUGAAAUCAAGAGGAGACACUUUAACAUUCUUCAAGCAGAACUGAGGCUCUGAAAGGUCCAAGCCUUAAAAGAGAAACUAACGAAGUGAAAAGGAUAAUUUUUUUUUUCCGUGCCAAGUGAGAAACGCAAGUUACUGAGUUGGCAAACUUUUCCUGAGAUGUUAUGUUAUUUCACCUACAUACAGUUAAACAACUCAGAAUAUUAUCUAGAAAAUAGUUAUUUUUAGCCAGUAACUUUAGCAAACUACAUGGUAAUGAUCAUUGAAAAUGUAAAAUAUUCUGCAAAAUUUAACACACU